AUGAGUGAAAUGCCCUUUCUGAGACCGGAGAGUGCCGGAGGGCCUCACAACAGAAGUUCUCAGAGAUCCCUGGAGGAGGGAUCUAUUACUGGCUCGGAGGCUCGGCACAGUUUAGGUGUCUUCCACAUCUCCUUCAGCGUCAGCAACCGCGUCGGGCCGUGGUGGAACGUCAAAUCCUUCCAGCAGCGGUGGGACAGGCAAAUUCUCAAAGACGUCUCCUUGUACAUCGAGAGUGGACAGAUGAUGUGCAUUCUAGGCAGCUCAGGCUCGGGGAAAACUACCCUGCUGGACGCCAUCUCUGGGAGGCUGCGGCGCACUGGGACCCUGGAAGGGGAGGUAUUUGUGAAUGGCCGCGGGUUGCGCAGGGACCAGUUCCAAGACUGCUUCUCUUACGUCCUGCAGAGCGACGUCUUUCUGAGCAGUCUCACAGUGCGCGAGACGCUGCGCUACACAGCCAUGCUGGCCCUCCGCCGUAGCUCUUCGGACUUCUACAACAAGAAGGUGGAGGCGGUCAUGGAAGAACUGAGUCUGAGCCAUGUGGCAGACCAAAUAAUCGGCAAUUAUAAUUUUGGGGGAAUUUCCAGUGGCGAGCGGCGCCGAGUCUCCAUUGCAGCCCAGCUCCUUCAGGACCCUAAGGUCAUGAUGUUUGAUGAGCCAACCACAGGACUGGACUGCAUGACUGCGAAUCAGAUUGUCCUCCUCCUAGCUGAGCUGGCUCGAAAGGACCGCAUUGUGAUCGUCACCAUCCACCAGCCUCGCUCUGAGCUCUUCCAACACUUCGACAAAAUUGCCAUCCUGACUUAUGGAGAACUAGUGUUCUGUGGCACGCCGGAGGAAAUGCUUGGUUUCUUCGAUGGCUGUGGCUACCCUUGUCCUGAGCACUCCAACCCCUUUGACUUCUACAUGGACUUGACGUCAGUGGAUACCCAGAGCAGAGAGAGAGAAAUAGAAACGUACAAGCGAGUCCAGAUGCUCGAAUCUGCCUUCAAAGAAUCGGCAAUCUGUCACAAAAUCCUGGAGAAUAUUGAAAGAACAAAACACCUGAAAACCUUACCCAUGAUUCCUUUCAAAACGAAAGAUCCUCCCGGAAUGUUCUGUAAGCUGGGUGUCCUCUUGAGGCGAGUAACGAGAAACUUAAUGAGAAACAAGCAGGCGGUGAUCAUGCGUCUUGUUCAGAAUCUGAUCAUGGGCCUGUUCCUCAUUUUCUACAUUCUCGGCGUCCAGAACAACGUACUAAAGGGUGCUAUCCAGGACCGUGUGGGGCUGCUGUACCAGCUUGUAGGCUCCACUCCGUAUACCGGCAUGCUCAACGCUGUGAAUCUGUUUCCCAUGCUGAGAGCUGUCAGUGACCGGGAGAGUCAGGACGGCCUGUACCAGAAGUGGCAGAUGCUGCUGGCCUACGUACUGCACGCGCUUCCCUUCAGCAUUGUUGCCACCCUGCUUUUCAGCAGUGUGUGCUACUGGACUCUGGGCUUGUAUCCUGAGGUUGCCAGAUUCGGGUACUUCUCUCUUGCUCUCCUGGCCCCCCACUUAAUUGGAGAAUUCCUAACUCUCAUGCUGCUUGGGAUGGUUCAGAACCCCAAUAUUGUCAACAGCAUAGUGGCUCUACUGAGCAUCUCUGGGCUGCUUAUUGGAUCUGGACUGAUCAGAAACAUAGAAGAAGUGUCUAUGCCUUUUAAAAUCUUGAGUUAUUUUACAUUCCAAAAAUACUGCUGUGAGAUUCUUAUUGUCAAUGAGUUCUACGGGUUGAACUUCACGUGCGGUGGCUCCAAUAGCUCCAUGACAAUUAACCCAAUGUGCUCCAUCACCCAAGGAAUCCAUUUCAUCGACAAGACCUGCCCGGGUGCUACGUCCAGAUUCACGGCAAACUUUCUCAUCUUGUACGCAUUCAUCCCACUGCUUGUCAUCCUAGGGAUAGUGGUCUUUAAAGUGCGGGACUUCCUCAUCAGCAGAUAGUUAAGAUGGCAGCCAGGAAAGGGUGCCUGCCACGGACCACAGAGGGGCGCCAUCUGCUAACCAUCAUUCUGUUUGUGACCCUUGUAUCUAUCAGGCCCCCAAGGGCUACGGAAACUGCUCACCAUCCCCCACCCUUCCAAGUU